UACAAUAUGGUAUCCAGACCUUCAAUGGGAUCCUGUGGGAGGCCUCGCUGCAGGCAGUCGACAAGUAGAGUGGAGAGAUCUUGGAGUAGUUUCUUCAGCAAAAUACGUGCAAGUACCAUCGAAGACAAGAAGCUGAACCUACCAUUGAUGUUUGUGAGGAAAUAUGGGGAUGAGCUCUCUGAUGUAGCUAAGCUCAUUGCAUCUAAUGGCCUUAUUUGGGAAGUGGGUUUAACAAAAGGGGAGAUGAUCAUUUGGUUUGAUGAUGGUUGGCAUGAAUUUGUAGAAUAUUAUUCUGUCCGUAAUGGAUGGCUUUUAAUAUUCAACUAUAUUGGUAUGUCGAAUUUCCAUGUUUCUAUAUUCGAUGAAUAUGUUUUUGAGAUUGGAUAUCCAUGCAUUGAACGAACACGUAAGGAAGAACCUAGUAACAUUAGGAAACAGCCGCUGUUCAAUGAGGAUGAAAUGAAAGAUGAUGAUUCCGUCGAGAUUUUGAGUUCUACUCCACAUCCAAAUUCAAGAAAAGGGGCAAGUUCCAAGAAAAGGGACUACACUACACCACCGCAGAAUCUGAGUAGACCUGUUUUAGGUUCUGGCCAUCUGGGAAUUAACAAGAGUUUCAAGCAUGCUACUUCUGCAGAGAAACGAAAGUUUCCGCAAGAAUACCAGAGAAAGGGCAAAAACUGUAAAAUGGAAGACUUAGGCAAUGCAAAUAACUCGAACCAAGAUGGAAUUGACUUGUCACUACAAUGUGAAGAAGAAGGAAACAUCUUUACAAGUAAAAACUUUUAUGUAACAUUAUCAAAAGUAUCCCCAGAAAGCAAGAAAGCGGUGGAUGCAGCAAUGGAGUGCAAGCCAAAAAAUCCAGCUUUUCUGGUUAUCGUGGGGCAACAUCUUGUAGGCCAAAAUACAAUGCAUGUGCCUUCAGAAUUUGCUAAGAGGUUUCUGCAUAAUAUUUAUGAGAUUAUCAAAGUUCAGGAUUCUGAUGGAGAAGAGUGGAUAAGAGAGUGGAUAAUCCAUACCACUUGCUGCUGGAGAGGUGGGAGUUUGAGUUUAAUAGGGGGCUGGGCUGAAUUUUUCAGGGACAAUGAAUUUGGGGAUGAAGAUGUGUGUCUCUUUGAGCUGAUCCAGAAGAAGAAUGUUGCCCUGAAAGUUUCAGUAUUUCAUGCGUAUUUGGAGUAAAUUUGUCUGCUUAAUAAGGAUAUGCACAGUGGUUAUGUUCUUUUUGGGUUCUGUUUGCUGUUAUAGGAUUACUACUAGGAUCUCAGAUUUUGAUUAUUCAAAAGCUUCAAUCUGUCAUGCUCAUUUGGAAUUAGUUCAUGUAACUUAUUAGAAUGCUGCUGGGAGGUGAU